CCCAUCCUAGCUAUGUCCAGUACCUUAUCUUGCGGACUUACCUUUCACCUAUAUCUCCCUGUUCGGGCCCUGAUGUUCGUGUCCGCAGAGAUUGUUGAAUCUGCCCAUCAGCCGUAUGCAUUCACAGGAUCAGACAGCAACCCCAUCAGCGGAGGAGGAUGGUGGAAAAUACCACAGCGGUAAGUUCUAUGGCCUCCUCGUGGUUAUUCAAUGACUCGCUAAACAAGCCAUGCAGAGUGGAACAUUUUCUGUCCUCCGCAAGGCUCCUGUCAAUGGCCUAGCCUCCACGCCGAUUACAGCCAAGUCCCAGUAGACUGGGAUUUCCAAAGCACUACCUGGCCCGAUAGGGAAUGUGUCAUAUCUGCUCCUACACAGCAAGAUCAACUUCAUAAUAUGAACUGGUUCAAAGAUGGGUCCGUCCUCGAGUCGGAGGUCCAGGUUUUCACGAGGAAUCCCACUAUCGAGCCAUACAGCGUGAUCAAGCCAAAUAUGAGCGACAAACCGCCCGACGGUGGUUGGAGGACGACGUCCUGGCAAGACUUUGAAGAAUUCACACGCCUCGUCUGUGACAAUCAAGGACACUCCAGCCACACCCUCAACAGCAUACCAUGGCAGCUUCCGCGGCGGCAAUUCAAGUGCAGCGUUGCGAAGUGCAGCAGUCGCUUUCGAUAUUUCAAAGGCCUGCAGCGUCAUUUGUCUGGCCACUUGGCUGAGGAGUCAUAUGUCUGCUGGGUUCCGGAGUGCCAGCGCAGCUUCACGCGUCGCGAUAACCUCAAAUCCCACUAUGCCACCCAUGGAAGACAAGGAGGCCGCAAUCGCUACGUGGCUAGCCUUGAUCCAACUAGCUCUAUAUACGACCCUUGUUUCCGCGGACAGUUGACGUCCGAUGGCUUGCCGGUCAGAGAGGCCAACAUAGGCUUGCCCGAUAUUUGAACUGGGUUUGCCUCCAGGAGCGAAC